UUGUCUGAUUUAACCUCACUAAAUAAAAUUAAACAAAAACAUUAAUUGCUAAUAUGAAUUAAACAGUUUUUUCGGAUAAUUCGAUAAAGCAACUAUAUCAAAGUAUUUAACAAUGAUGUCAGAUGAAUCUGAAAACGAUGGGGUCUACGUAGACCAAUUAGAAAAAGAUAUCUACUACAAAAAAUAUAAGUUGUUGCUGGAAGAAUGUUCAAAUUUACAAAGAUCUAACGAAAUACUGGUAUUUAGAAUACAAGAACUAAACAGAAUGACGAAGAGAAGACUGAAAGACAUAAAGUUUUUUAAACAAAGGUUACUGCUUAAUUACGAAGAAGACUGGGCAGUGAUCCCGAACACAGAUGAAAGUAUGGUUGAAGAAGACGACAAAAAGGCAAUUCAGCUCUUGAUACCGCCUGUAAAGAUCAAGGAAGAAGUAGUGGAUGAAGAAGAGAAGGUAGAAAAGAAACCUGUAAAGAAAAGCACAAAGAGGAAAUCCUCAAAGUCAGAAAGAGAUCCGAAUGCACCAAAAAGACCAUCAAAUCCAUUUUUCCAGUUUUGCCAAGAACAAAGACAGAUACUGAUGGAACAAAUAGCAGCAGAAUUGAAGCCUGGUGAAGUUGAACCUAGCAAACAGGAGCUGACAAGACAGUUAGCUAUCAAAUGGAAGACUUUGUCAGGGCCAGAUCGAAAAGUUUAUGUAGAUAGGUAUGAGCGGUCAAAGGAAAAAUAUGCUGCAGAGCUGGAGGAGUAUAAUAUGAAAAAAUGAUUUGUAAACUGUGAUUAUUGUAUAAAUGUGUCUAUAGUUAAUUAUAUUUAAUGUAUCAUUGCUUAA